AUGAAGAACCACCAAACAUGGCCGUGUAUCUCCUCUUCCUCUCGCUUCACCUCUCUCCCUCUCCCAAACCUAACAGCUUCCGAAUCAUCCGCUGCAUAUUCCUCCCGUUCCGUUCGUCUCUGUUCCCGUCCACCGCCGUCUAAACCUUCUUCAUCCACCGCCGAAGAAACCGAUUUCUCCUCCCUCCCGUACGACGUUCUGACGAAAAUCGCAGCCUCCUUCGACCAGCCGAAUCUCCAAGCGGCGUCGCUGGUAUGUCGGUCAUGGUCGGAGGCGUUACGGCCGUUAAGGGAGGCGAUGGUGAUGCUUAUGUGGGGGAAACGGUUCAAACACGGAAAGCGAGGAGUUUGCCGGAAUACGGAGAAGGCGCUUGAUAUGUUCACGAAAGCCGCGGCUCGUGGCUCCGCUCUUGCCAUGGUGGAUGCUGGUCUUAUUUAUUGGGAGAGAGGAGAGAAGAUUAAGGCUCUUGAUUUGUAUCUCAUGGCUGCUCAACUUGGAAACCCUUCUGCACAGUGUAAUUUGGGGAUUUCGUAUCUUCAAGUUGAACCUCCUAACACUGAGCAAGCUUUGAAAUGGUUAUAUAAAGCUUCCAAAGGUGGGAAUGUUCGUGCACAAUACCAGCUUGCGCUUUGUCUUCACCGUGAUGGUGGAAGUAGAAGCAAUAUAAGAGAAGCUGUUAAGUGGUAUACGAAAGCUGCAGAAGGUGGGUAUGUGCGUGCUAUGUACAAUACAUCCUUAUGCUACUCUUUAGGGGAAGGACUGACGCGCAAUCAUCGAAUAGCAAGAAAGUGGAUGAAGCGGGCUGCCGAUCGUGGUCAUAGUAAAGCUCAAUUUGAGCAUGGACUUGCUCUUUAUUCUGAUGGAGACAUGAUAAAGGCUUUGGUGUACUUGGAACUUGCUAGCCGUUCUGGUGAAAAGGGUGCCAAUCAUGUAAAGAAUGUAAUUGUUCACCGCCUUUCUGCUGCUUCACAAAAUCAUGCCAUGCAUCUAGCUAAUAGUUGGCGAGCUUUGCCAUCAAAUUGA